CUUACUUAAAUGGGUGUCGGCCGCUUCAUGUUGCUCUGCGCUCUUCUUGUCGGCUUCGUGGUUGGUGGCCAGGGUCAGCAUGGCCCCACCCCCGAAGAUACCCAGGAUUGGAACUCCAGAGGUAAUCCGCUCGUGGGGCUGGUGCAUGGACAAACCGCAGAUGCAUUGCUUCCUUCUCACUUCCUUCUCACUUGCUGCGUGUUUUGCAGUGAUGACUGCCGACUAUCCCUCACAGACAGGUCGGUUAAACUUUCGCAAACAAACACACAGUUUUCCUUUGCAAAUGAGGUGUGGAGUCUCAAAGAGAGUUUGUUUGUUGCAGGGAAGAUAGGGGAUGAGCUUGCCAGCCUCAAACAGACCCUGCAGACACUCCAGGCCGAGAUGAAACGGACAGCAAUGGACGCUGGGAUGACGGACGCCUUCAAGACAGCCAUUCAGACCAUCCGAGCGAACGGCGAAGCCCUUCAGGCUGGAUUCUCAGCCGACAGCAUCAAGGCCGCAGCAAAGAGCCGAAGCAGUGAGUCGACAAAGAGGACGCACAGUGGGCAGAGUGCUCUACAUUGACGAUAUAUAUGUGGUGUCCUCUUGCGCAUCAGCGGGCCGGUGGAUGUACAAGUGGACGUCGGCAGAGCACUGCCUCGAGAACCAACGCAGCUACUGCCUCGAGGAAAAAGGUCCGCAAUUCCGCCUCAUUAUCGUGCAUGCAGGCAGGCAGGCAUUCCUUGGCCUCUCAUGUCUCUUUGUUUCUUCAGAGAAGGGCAGGUCCUGGACGGUGUUUGCCUUGGAUAAGAGCGGGAGCAAGGGUCAGCGGGUGGGGACGGCCGAGCCGAUCGAGGGCGAGAAGUGGGAAAGGCGAGUCAAGCUGGACGAGAAGCUGGGGGGCCACACAUGCGAAAUACUCAGUGAUGCCAGGUGCUAGCAGAUGAGGACAGGACAAUCUUCUCUCUCUUUUUCGGAAAGGCAUCUGUACCCAUCAUUCGUCACACGUGCAUCCAUCGGUUCCUUCUUACACACUGUGGAUGGACGCCAAGUCUUCUGUGCACACACGUAAAGGGCGGCUUCAUGUACACAAUACGAAGGAUGACGCAUUUUCCCACCCCAUUCCUCCCCCGCCC